AUGGCGACAUCAGCUACCAGCCCCAGUUCACCUCUCCGGGCUGAGGAUCUCCUGAGUGAUUCAUCAGAAGCCCCUGGGCUGAACCAAGUAUCCUCUGAGGUGACCUCCCAGCUCUAUGCUUCUUUGCAUCUCAGUCGUCAGGCGGAGGCCACCGCCCGAGCCCAGCUGUAUCUCCCCACUGCCUCCCUACCUCCCCAUGAGAUGUUAGAUGGCUUGGCCCAAGAGUUGAGUCACAGCUUGUCGGUUGGCUUGGAGAACAACUUGAAGAAAAAGGAUGGCUCCAAGCAUAUCUUUGAGAUGGAAAGUGUUCGGGGUCAACUCCAGAGCAUGCUCCAAAACUCCCGGGAUACAGCCUAUCGGGAUCCCAUCACUCCGGGUCCUGGCUCAGAGAGACGAGAAGACGACUCCUUUGACAGUGACAGCACAGCCACCUUGCUUCACACCCGGCCCCUGCAAGGCUUAUCUCCAUCUAGCUCAGCCCAAGCCCUGGAGGAGUUGUUUCCCCGCUAUGCCAGUCUUCGGCCGGGGCCCCCCCUCAAUCCCCCGGAUUUCCAGGGCCUGAGAGAUGCACUGGAUUCCGAACACACCCGUCGCAAGCAUUGUGAGCGCCAUAUUCAGACCCUACAGACCCGGGUGCUAGAGCUUCAGCAGCAGUUAGCUGUGGCUGUGACUGCUGACCGCAAGAAAGAUAUCAUGAUCGAACAGUUGGACAAGACCCUGGCCCGAGUGGUGGAGGGCUGGAACCGUCACGAGGCCGAGCGGGCAGAGGUGCUUCGGGGGCUCCAGGAGGAACGCCAGGCAGCCGAACUCACCAGAAGCAAGCAGCAGGAGACAGUGACCCACCUGGAGCAAAGCCUUUCCGAGGCCAUGGAGGCCCUGAAUCGUGAGCAGGAAAGUGCCAGACUGCAGCAACGGGAAAGGGAGACGCUGGAGGAGGAGAGGCAGGCUCUGACCCUGAGCUUGGAGCUGGAGCAGCAGCGGUGCCGGGCCCUGCAGGAAGAGCGGGAUGACGCUCGGGCUGGGCAGCUGAGUGAGCAUCGACAGCUGGAGGCGCUGAAGCUGGCCCUGGAGGAAGAGCGGCAGGCCUGGGCCCAGCAAGAGCGUGAGCUGCAGGAGCGCCACGGGGCCCUGCAGGAGGAGGUGCACGCUCAGCUGGAAAAGGAGAAGGGGAACACCCAGAGGGAGGCGCAGGUGGCGCGGGAGGCCCAGCAGCAGCUCACGCUGGUGCAGUCGGAGGUGCGGCGGCUGGAAGGGGAGCUGGACACGGCUCGGAGAGAGCGAGACGCCCUGCAGCUGGAGAUGAGCUUGGUGCAGGCGCGGUGUGAGAGCCAGCGGAUCCAGCUGCAGUCAGAGAUGACCCUGCAGCUGGAGCAGCGGGUGAGCGAGCGCCUGGCGCAGGCCCAGGAAAGCAGCCUGCAGCAGGCGGCCUCCCUGCGGGAGCAUCACAGGAAGCAGCUGCAGGACCUGAAUGGACAACACCAGCGGGAACUGUCCACUCAGCUGGCUCAGUUCAAGGUGGAACUGGCCGAGCGAGAGGAAAGGCAGCAGCAGCUGGCGCAGGACUACGAGCUCAGACUGGCCCGGGAGCAGGCGCGCGUGCGUGACCUGCAGAGCGGCCACCAGCAGCUGGAGGAGCAGCGGGCCGAGCUGGUGGAGCGACUCCAGGCCAUGCUGCACGCCCACUGGGAGGAGGCCAGCCAGCUGCUCAGCGCCCCCACCUUGCCUCCAAACCCCCCGGUUCCUACCUCCAGGCCCUCCAGCCCUGGGCCUCGGGAGCCAGAGAAGGGGGAGCGGAGGCUGUGGACUCUGCCUCCCGUGGCCGUGGCCCUGAAGCCCGUCCUGCAGCAGAGCCGGGAAGCGGGGGAUGAGGCGCAUGGAGCCCCACCUGUCCUCUGCAGCCCCUCCCCAGACCUCAGCCUCCUGCUGGGCCCCCCUUUCCAGAGCCAGCACUCCUUCCAGCCCCUGGAGCCGAAGCUGGGCCUCACCUCAUCCUCGGCCGGGGACUUCCACCCUGACCACAGGCCGGAGCGGCCGUUCCCUGAGGAAGAUCCUGGGUCCGACGGGGACAGCUUCCUCAAGCAGGGGCUGCCGGCCCCCUCCCAGCUCGAGGGCCUCAAGCAUUUUUUGCACCAGCUGCUGGAGACGGUACCCCAGAACAGCGAGGCCCCCUCUGUUGAUCUGUUGCCCCCGAAGUCCGGUCCGCUGGCCGGCCCGUCUUGGGAGGAAGCAGCCCCGCACGUGCCACACCUCCCACCCCCUGUUCACAAAACCAAAGUGCCCCUAGCCAUGGCGUCCAGUCUUUUCCGGGUGCAUGAGCCUCCCUCAAGCCACUCCCAGAGCAGUGGUCCCAGCGGUGGCUCCCCAGAGAGGGGUGGAGACGGGCUGGCUCCUGCGGGGCAGCUGAUGGAUGUGUCUCAGCUCUUAAAACUGUACCAGGCUCGGGGCUGGGGGGCGCUGCCUGCCGAGGACCUGCUGCUCUACCUGAAGAGGCAGGAACAGGGCAGGUACCAGCCUGGAGGGCAGGGAGGAUGGGGGGAACGGCGGGGGACGGACAGCCGAGGGGAUACUGUCCCCAGAAGGAGCACAGACUCCCGCUUGGGUGAGAUCCCCCGGAAAGAGAUCCCCUCCCAGGUGCUCCCUCGCCGCCUCGCUCCAGCCCCGAAGACUGAAAAACCUCCAGUUCGCAGGAAAGGCGGGCACCCUGCCCCCAGCAGCACGAGGAGCCGGGGGGGCAUCUGGAGAUGA